GGCCCGCAGUUCACCAAUAAGAAGGGCCGCGCGAUUCUGGACGCCUCGUUCAGCCCCGACGGCCGAAUGUUGGCCACAGCCGACUGUUACGGCCGGUUCGCGCUGUACGGCGCCGGCGAUCUGGAGCCGUACCUAUCGGUUCCGUCGCAGCUGUUCUUUCACUCCGAUUAUCACCCGAUGCUUAAAACGAACCAUAAAUUAAAGUACGUGGACAAACUGACCGAACUCGAGCCACACCUGCUUCCCGUGCCUUUUCUGGUCAAUAUCGAUGGCGCGCCGCACCCGUCGUGUGCGCAGCGUCUGGUGCCCGGGCGUGAGGACACCCGUCACUAUCAAAACGAUCAGUUUGUGUGCCUUAAAGACAACAAUAAAUUCAUUUUGACGCCCGUAACCGAUGUGAACGAUACGCCUCCGGAGCCUAUAUUCGCCGAUAAAGUGAAGCAUUUAACGGAGAUUUUGGCCAAACACACGACCGCUUCCAACGUAUUCGACAUUUUGUUCAUUAAUUACAUUAAACUCUUGAUGAAGAAGAAGGAUCCGAUUCCCUUCACUCAGUUCUUUGAGAUACUUGUAAAAUAUUUGGUCUCAAACAUGACUGUCGAAGAGUUUCAAUUUGAACUCAAUCUAGUGGUGGGCUGUCCAGAGGCCGACCUCAUGGUUCCAGUUCUGGAGUAUUGGUUGCCAUACUUUAAGCCCAAAUCGCAAACUGAGAUCUUCUCCAAUACUGCUAUUUCGCAGGAAACCAAAGACCGACUUCUGAUGGGAAUCAAUCGGAAAGGAGGCGAAGACAUGGCCGGUGAUGAUGAGCCGGAGUUUGUCUCGAAGCCUAUCGUUUUAAUGUAUUCCACUUUCUCUCUGCUGUCCAUUGAUUUUGUUAGCAAACACUCUGUUUACACGACAGACGAGCCGUCGAGGAAGGAUAUCAACGAAUGUGGAGUUUAUUUGUCAUUGAUUUUAUUGUUUUCAAGUAUACAACCGCAGAGUAUAUGCAAUAAAGUGCACGGUUUGGUCCAAAGGCUGAUUAACGAUACCAUAAAAGUGGACGACUUUAUGAGUAAAGUGACAGACCUUCUUGAGCUGGAGAUCCGUACGGGAAUCACUUCGGAUCUAUUGAAACAAACACUUCCUGAACUGCGGUAUGUAUUGAGCAAAAACAUGGCAUCACUUGAGGGCAUCACAAUCGGUCCGUUGCCGGCCUCCAAGUCGGUGAGCCGACUGAACAGAGGCCAGCCGUCAGAACACGACUACUUCGACGCCCGCUAUGAGGACAGUUCGGACAAACGGACGCUGUAUUUGCGGGACAAACGCAAAUGCAAAGGCGCUUUCAAAGAGCUGUACUGGAAAGUGGCCAACAAACAGCUCCGCCGUCGACCCGGACACUGGGUUUCCUACGACUUUGACGCCACUCUGGACACGGUUUGGGGCGACGCCGGCCGGUCAGCGGUGGACCAGUUGACCGUCGAUGAGUUGAACGCCGUGUACGACCAGUUGAAGCGCAGAGAAAUGAGCGAAAUUGAACUCUUCCAGGAGUUUCGCAACGAAGUCCUGUCCGCCGCACCCCAAAAAGUAUCCGCCGAUACGAUGGCAGACAUUAAGGGCGUCCGAAGUGCCGCCGAUAUGAAAGCCUCCGCCGGUGUAUCCGAAAUGAGUCACUAUUCACAGCCGGACAGUCCGGCGCCAUCGGCGGCCUCGUCGUCGGCCCAAUCUAUGACCUCCAGAGGUAGUUCGGGCGCUAAGAGAGUCCUAAGGACUCGUCCGCGAGAGUCGGGCGAAACGCCGUCCAAAAGGGUUCGGCGUUCAGAGCGGCGACUCUCUAGUCGUCGACUGAACCCGAAGCUCGAAGCCAUCGCUGAGAGUGAGGCACCAAUUGAUGGUCACAACAAUAGCAACUUAUCCGCUGUGAUAACACCGCCAGAAACCGUCACCAGUUCUGCCAUCGAUUCGACUGUCAAUUCAGUCGAUGACAGUUACGAAGUGACAGAUACCGCGUCAGAGGCUCCACAAACUCCGUCCCCUCCGCCGUCGGUAUACUCUCCCCCGCCAUCGCCUCCACCGCAGACACCGUCUCCGCCGCCGUCGGCAGAGUCCCCUCCGGCGCCCCAAAUGGCCAGUUGUGGCACAAACACCACCACAACUACAUUACAGACUGUCGAAGAGAUUCUACCAAAUGUCGACGAUUUGGAUCUAAUUGUCGACGAAAAACCCAUUGAUCUCACGCUUUGCCCAAAGGCUUGCGAAACUCAAACUCAGACCACUUUCCAGGAGUUUAUGCGCGACUCCGAGACACAGACUGACCCGCAGUUUGACAUAAAGCCAGUCAUUAAACGUGAAAUUAAAACCGAGAUUAAAGCCGAACAUCAGUUCCAGUAUUUGUGUAUUUUCUGCAAAACUGGCCGACAGUUCGCCGACCGUAAGGAAGCGUACGACCACUACCGCAGCCACUUGUCGGUUGUCAUCCGCUGUGACGAGUGUUUGGCCAACUUCUCCACCGCUAAGGCUUUCGGGCUUCACGACCAAAAUCACGCCAAGAGCCCGAAGAAUGCGGUAAACGUUCGCAACUAUCGGUUGUCCACCGAAUGGAUUGAUUCCGCUCACCUGCUCUGCGAUCACGUAUUCGAGUGCCUUCAGUGCCCGACAGUGACGGCCGCCGCGACCACUGCCACCACAUCUACAGCCGUUGACAUUGACUCCGAGUCACAGAAGUAUUAUUUCGGCCGAACGGAGGCCACGAAGCACUUGAUGUCUGUCCACUCUCUGCGACCGAAACCCAAUCAAUCGCUCGAAGAAUACUUUUUAAGAGUCACUCAAUUGAGUCCCAAUUUGGAGGCGUUUGUCAACCGAUGUGUUGUUAUUCACAACUCUAUUAACGUUUUAUACGAAACCAAUUCAAUCGAUUCAUAA